AUGGCAUCUGAUUUGAGAUUCUAUAACGAAGAUGGCCAAGGACACAUCUACGAUGAAGAUGGAAGAGAGACUAUGGCGGUUGAUGAGAUUCCUUCAUUUCGCCUUACAAAGCUGAAGACCCUUCAAAAGUUCAUAAAACAUAUAGAGGUUGAUAUGUCUGGUCUUUCCGAAGGCCAUGACACCACCAUGAAGGAUGCACCAGAGAAGAAAGAUAGAGCUACGGAGUAUACGAAAUAUACUCCUUAUCAACGAGAGGCUUACAUACAUUGCGCUUCUAACCCUGAUGCUGUUGUUCCUGAAAAGAAGACAAACAAGACAGGAAAGCAGCGUAUAUCGCAGCUAAACGAGCAACAUAAAGACAUCUUGAUACGCUUCUAUUACGAAAAGCCUAUAGCAACUAUUCAGGAUGGCGUGGAGGCACUCACCAAUAGCUUUGAAGGAUUGACAAUCAAGAAGACGCGAGUUGCUGAAUUCAUGAAGAAUGAAUGUAACCUUAGCUUGAAGAGUAUCGCUCGCCAUCCAGUUCAACGGAACAGUACCAAGACUGUCGAGGCUAGGGCAGCUUGGGUUGCUGAAUGGGUUGCAAAGGGAAUCGACUACCACAACAAUUGUAUAUUUGUUGAUGAAUCUGGCUUCAACGUCAACAUGACUCGAGGCAGAGCCUGGUCAAAGAAAGGAGAGCCAGCUAUUGAAGAAACGCCAUCUACAAAAGCAGUAUCAAAGACUGCUCUCGGCGCUGUAUCGUCUGCUAGCGUUGUCAAUGUAAGUAUCAGAGAAGCUGGCAAUGUGAAGAGGAGAAAAGUAGCUGGUGCUACGAAAAGAAAGGCUCCAGAAGAUCGGCUCAACUUGCCCAAGGGUACUACUGGCAACCAUUUCAUGCAGUUUGUUGUGGAUACGAUGGAUAUUAUGGAUCAGUUUCCAGAAAUGAGGGGCCAUCACAUUGUCAUGGAUAACGCUCCCAUCCACGUCCAUAACAUCGUUGAUCCCAUUAUAAUCCGUCGUGGAUAUAUACCUGUGUAUCUUCCGCCUUACUCACCCGAACUAAAUCCAAUUGAGCAAUUUUGGAAGGAUCUUAAGGACUAUGUUAAGAGAGAUAAACUUAAAGAUAAUGAGACUCUUACUUCGCGAAUGAUGGAUGCUUGUGAGAAGGUACCGCUUCAGAACAUACGAAACUACAUUCAGCAUUCCAUAAAUACUUUUCCCAAGUGUUUGAAUAAAGAGCCUAUCUAA